AUGGAGACUGGAGAAACGGAGGCCAACGUGGCAAGCCAACCAUCCGCGAAAAUGGAGAAUCCGAAUCGGCGAAGACCAAAAUCAAAGGGAGGCUGUGCCCGGUGCAAGCAGCGUCGACGAAGGUGUGACGAGACAAAGCCCAGUUGUCAGGAGUGCGUCAAACGAGGCCAGGAAUGCCCUGGUUACCAGAGGCCAACAUUGAAGUGGAGACAUGUAUUCAAAGAAGAUCAUGCGGGCGGAGUGGCUCAGACUCGUGCUGUCGAAGAGCCGCCCAGAGUUGUCUUACCCAGCGUGACUGAACUAGUGAAGGAAGAUAGUGGUAUUCAACCACAACGUGCGGCGAAUAAAACCGAGCCUAAUCCUUUGUUUGACCAAAUGCCGGAUAUUGACUCUUCGGCGAACACCCUACCUAGACUGGAGUGUGUGACAGGUGGAUUGGCCAUCGUCAAGACCACUUCUCGGACACAGAGCUUGGACAUUCUGCAAGAACGCCUGGCCAACACAGCAAUCCCAUCGUUCCUCAUCCACAUGCCCACCAUCCUGGUGCAAUACUACUUUGACUAUGUGUGCAAGUCCUGGUCCUCAUUUGACUCUCCUCUGAAUCCUUUUCGUCGGAUUUUUAGUCGCCUCUGGAGUCAAAGCGCCCCGGUUUAUUUUGCUAUCCAGAGUAUGGCCGCUGCAUCCCUCGCAAACGACUUCCCCGCCACGCGUGCAAUUGGAAUUCAGACAAGACGACAAGCCAUUGCGUGUCUUCAAGAUGCUCGUCGUUCGGAGGAUUCUGAGGAUGGCGAUGAUGAUUAUUUCCUAGCCCUUCUAAUGAUCGGGAUGACAACUGCAUGGCAUAAUGCUUCUGACUUGGGCUUGAAUCACCUGAAAGAGGCAAAAGAGUACAUCAUCCAGCAGCGACGAAGGUGCCAGAGUCCUAACUCGGCUUUUGCAAAGCAGUAUCCUCUAUUUAAACAAUGUCUUCUCUAUUGGAACAUGCUUGCAGCAUUCGUGGCGGAGGACUCGCCGCUGUUAGCCGAGGAAGAAGCCAGCGACAGCUCAGAAUUGGAGCUGUCUGUAUACCUUGUUGAUGGACAAAUCCUACCCCAUCCGUGGACAGGAUCUGUGGGAAAGGUGCUCAGUCUUUUCUACCGGACUGCACGAUUGAUCCGGGGCGUUAGCACAUUCUAUCGCUCUUACCGGGACUCGCUCGACCUCGGGGCUCUUGAUGUAAAUUUCUUAGUCGAGGAGAUUGAGAUUCGGCAGAGGGCCGAGCAACUCGAAGAAGAAAUCCUUUCUGCUGAGUUACUGUCGUAUUCCGGUCUUAUUGAAACCGGUGACACCAAUACACCGCCGUCUCAUUUUAUCAUAUUGGCAGAGGCGUAUCGCUGCACAGCACUGUUGCAAAUCUACCACGUCUUUCCAGAUAUUUUAACUGAGAGGUUUCGUCUGAACCAAAUCCUCGGCAAUGAACCCUCAGGUCUAUUUGCAAUGUUAUUUCCAAAUGCUCACGUCACCAACGCCUCGCAUCCAUCCGCCACAGACGCACGGCGAAAGUUAGCACUGCAUAUUGUAUCCCUUCUGGACCAGUUAUUCCCCAGCUCGGGAACAAGGUGCAUGCUACCGGUUCUUCUAGCUGCCAUUGCCAGCGACCUAGUAUUUUCAUCGGAGUCACUUUUCGGCCCAGCAGCGAAUGCAAUUGCCGGUCUGAGCUCACUUGACGUGGAGAUCGCUCAGGCUAGACGGAAGGUUAGCAUGUGGAUCUCGGAGCUUGUUUUGAUCUUGCCGAAGCGUCCAAUGCAGCGCAUUUCUAAUCUUGUGCGUGAGACUUGGGAUCGGGCGGACGAUGGACGUAAUGAGUUUUGGUUAGAUGUUAUGCUUGAGAGAAAAUUGGGAACCAUUUUGUAG